CGUGUCCUCACACCCCCGGGCGUUUAAUUGCCUUUUAGAACCCACAUUCAAUAAUUACAGCCAUUAGGCGCUGAAUUCUAUUGGAAUGGCGUCACAAAAGAGUAAGUUUGUUUUAAAAAGGUUCACGAAACGAGGGGCGUGACGUCAGCCUACGUAAGCGUUUGACGAAACGUCAUAAACUCCGUUUUACGCGUCCGUAAUGGCGAAUAUUACCCGCUCUGGUUUAAAGAUAACUUUCCGGAAGACAAUUUUAAUUUUCCCAAAAUCUAUCGUAAUAUUUAGAAUGGUCCAUUAAUCUAGUACAGUAGAAGCUUACCUUCCGGUGAAAGCAGCAGUCCGCGUUCAUCGGAAAGAAGAAGCGUUUCUUGGCAGCGUGAAUGUAUCUCGAUACACGUGGGCCAGGCUGGCGUCCAGAUCGGCAAUGCCUGCUGGGAGCUCUACUGCCUGGAGCAUGGCAUCCAACCAGACGGUCAGAUGCCCGGCGACAAGGUUUCCGGAAGUGACGGUUCCUCCAACACCUUCUUCAGUGAGACUGGUUCGGGAAAACACGUCCCCAGGGCGGUUUUUGUGGACUUGGAGCCUACCGUCAUAGAUGAGGUGCGCACCGGAGGCUAUCGUAAACUCUUCCACCCAAAUCAGCUGAUCACGGGUAAGGAGGACGCGGCCAACAACUACGCUCGCGGCCACUACACCAUUGGCAAAGAGAUCAUCGAUUUGGUAGCUGACAGGAUACGCAAACUGGCCGACAUGUGUUCCGGCCUGCAGGGUUUCCUGGUGUUCCACAGCUUCGGUGGCGGCACCGGUUCUGGUUUCACCUCACUGCUAAUGGAGCGUCUCUCCGUGGACUACGGCAAGAAAUCCAAGUUGGAAUUUUCCAUCUACCCAGCCCCCCGGGUGUCCACCGCUGUGGUGGAGCCCUACAACUCCAUCUUGACCACGCACACCACACUGGAACACUCGGACUGCGCUUUCAUGGUAGACAAUGAAGCCAUCUACGACAUCUGCCACCGGAACUUGGACAUUGAGCGUCCCACGUACACUAACUUGAACCGGCUGAUCAGCCAGAUCGUGUCAUCCAUCACUGCCUCGUUGCGCUUCGAUGGCGCCUUGAAUGUAGACUUGACCGAGUUCCAGACCAACCUGGUGCCUUACCCGCGCAUCCACUUUCCACUAGCUACCUACGCCCCAGUAGUGUCGGCCGAGAAAGCCUACCAUGAACAGCUGUCCGUUGCCCAGAUCACUAACUCUUGCUUCGACCCGAGCAACCAGAUGGUGAAGUGCGACCCUCGCCACGGUAAGUACAUGGCCUGCUGUCUGCUGUACCGUGGUGAUGUGGUGCCCAAAGACGUCAACGCCGCUAUCAACGCCAUCAAGAGCAAGCGCACUGUUCAUUUUGUUGACUGGUGUCCUACCGGCUUUAAGGUGGGAAUCAACUACCAGCCGCCCACCGCGGUGCCCGGGGGUGACCUAGCUAAGGUGCAGCGAGCCGUGUGCAUGCUCAGUAACACCACCGCCAUUGCUGAAGCCUGGGCCCGAUUGGACCAUAAGUUUGACCUGAUGUACGCCAAACGUGCCUUCGUGCACUGGUACGUUGGCGAAGGCAUGGAGGAGGGCGAGUUCACCGAGGCCCGGGAGGACAUGGCUGCCCUCGAGAAGGACUACGAGGAGGUUGGCGCCAGCUCCCUGGAUGUUGACCACGAUGAGGGGGAGUACUAUUGAAUCACACAGGAAUAUUUGGGAAGCUUGGAUUGGUCACCGGGAAAUGGCAGAAGUGGAUUAAGACUUCAGGGACGUUGGAUGUGCUUGAUUGAUUCUUUGUGAUGAUUAAUAUUUGAAUAAUGCCUAGUUUAUGGAGUGUAUUUUGGUUGCUGGACUAUUUAAAAUAUCAAAUGUCAGAAACUUUUUGUCAAUAUAUUUAACAAUCAAAUAUUGUUUAGUAUAGAAAUUGAUUUUUUACAUUUUUUUUUUAAUAGACUUUUGACAUUUAAUGUUACUGUAUAUAUUUUAUUAAUUAAUUUUUUUUUAAAUUAAGCUUUAUUUUUUUCAACUAAUAGGUACAUUGUAAAUUUCUUUUGGGUAUGCAACAUAUCAUGUAAAAUGGAAUACAACCUGUACUGGAUGUCCAGGAAGAACUAAAAGAGACAGGCUUUGUGCCACAUGUCCCUGAUCAAUUAUUUGGAACAGUUAAAAAACGAUCAAUAUAUCGGCUGAUAUUUUUGUAUUCACUAAAAUAUAUUGAACUGAA